AUGCCCGUUGCUCCUUUCCCUCCCGAAAACCGAGGCCAAACGUCGACCCCGCCCCAGGACGACAUCCUCUCCGACCAAACCCUCGCUCCGCUCAAAAGAAAUCACGCCUGCCGCCAGUGCAAGCGCCGAAAAACAAAAUGCGACGGUGCCCAUCCCGUCUGUUCGCCUUGUCUGCGAUCUCACGCUCACGCUACGCGCUCGGCGAACCGUAAUGGCACAACACCGCCGGUGCUGGUUUGUACGUGGGCCGAUAACGAUGUGGGGGAUGAUAGUCCGGUGGGAGACUAUCCUAUGGCGAAUGGGUAUGCUGGACAAGGGGUACCGGUGCCGAAUGGUCAACAUCAGCCACCGCAACACCAGCAGUUUGCUCCGCCCAGUCUGCCACGGACCGGGAGUGGGUCGGGCAACAAGAGACCGGCUGUCUCGCAAGGCAAGAGGGCGACAAGAGACGAAGAGAACGAUCAGUUGCGACAAAGGAUUGCGGAACUCGAAGUAAAGCUCAAUUCCGUCACCGGACGCCAAGUACCAUCCGGCAGCAACUUUUUCAAAGACCAAUCACGGCCCAACUCAUCCGGCCGAUUGCCUCAAGACCAGAACCCAUGGGUUACUGAUAUCAAUGCCGGUGCUUUGGGUCAAAUCGGAAGCAGCCUUGGAGCCGGCAGCAUGCACGCGGGCAGACCCACUCUCGACGAGACGAUGGGCGCUUUUUUACCGCCUGCUCCUGCAGUGAAUGGUUCCUCGGACAGUUCUUCUCGUGCAUCAGCUAGUGCUACUACCAACCCAAGCGAGCUGCCCAAGGAUGCGACUUUUGACGACUUUUUCAUGGUACCUGUGGACUGGCCACGAGACCUUCCUGCGCCAUUCUUGCUCGAACACCUCGUCGAGACAUUCUUCUCAUACGUCCCUCAAACGCCUCGUAUGCUACACCGCGCCUCCCUCCUCACUCGUAUCAAGCUACCCCCUUCUUCCCCCGAAUUUCCCUUCCCCGGUCUGCUUCACGCCAUCUGCGCUGCCGCAUCCGUCCACACUGCUUGGGUCAACAAUCUCGCUCCGCACCAGGUUGAGCCCGCCGUGCAACGAAUCAUGAAUUUAGACCAAGAUCUCACCAAGAUUGAAGACUUUGGGGUCGCCCAAGCUGAACGAGCGAAUCGAUGUAUCGAUAUGGUUGCUUCGGCCUGUGCGAUGGGCGGUGGUGAACUCAUGUUUCAGCUUACCCAGACUUGCAUCAUUCUGAGCGAGGUAUACAUGUCUAAAGGCUUCCCGCUCAAAGGCUGGAUGCUCGGCGGCCAUUCACCCCGGCUCAUCAACGUUCUCGAACUCAACAACAAGAAUUACCGCAAAUUUUACAAGCCGCCCUUGUUGGCCAAGGCCAAGAAUUCGCGCGAGAGGGAAGAGCGGCUGGCCACGCUCUGGAUGGCCUUUAUCGCCGAUGCCAGUUUCGCUACCAAUAGCACUUGGAUGUCUAGUAUGAUGUUGGGCGAUAUCGCGGCGUAUUUGCCUACGAGUAUUGAUGAGUGGAGGAAAGUGAAUGACGAGGAUAUGAAGGCAAACCCGCAGACUGCAGCGUCGCCUAAUGUUUUGCAAGAGCAUCCGAUUCAGGAUUCGUUUGUGCUUGUCAUCAAAGCAAGCAUCAUCAUGAGCCGCGUUGCCACGUGGCUGCGUAAAUGGUCUCAGCGAGAUGCCAAGCCAGACGACCACCAAGACGGCCCCAGUACUGAGUCUUUCAAAACUGUGGUCACCGAUAUUGAGGGCUACAUCGCAAGCAUACCCGCAGCUCUCAAAAACAUCUUCAAACUCAUGGACAAUUUCGCCCCAGGCAGCAGCUUUGACGCCAACCUGCUUGCCAUCCACAUCUUGCCCCACGUCGCGAUUGCAGCGAUGCACGAGGGCUUUAUCCAGUGGGAGCCUACCAACACGUCUUAUCAGAUUGUGCAAAAGAGCUACGAGGCGAUUUUGGGUAUCCUGCACUUGAUCCCGAGUAAUUUGGAUAUUACGAUGAUCUUUUCGCCGCUCAUGAUUUUCACGAUGCACACGGUCGGGAGAAUCAUAGCCGACUACGUCACUCAUGCUCUGAGCAACCAGCAAUACAGCUUGGCUGUGCGUUACAGAGCAUCCUUGAGUAGUGUCCAAAACCUGCUGGACCGCUAUGGCCAACGCCACCCUCUCGGCAACACCAUGUCUGCCGCUAUGGAAAACUACGUCCGUCUGAGCGGCCAACGUCCUAUGACCUCGGAAGAAAUGUGUUCCGGCAUAAACCGCCGGAUCACCUACCCAACAGACAACCCAUCGGCCUUGAUUCUGGGCAACGACGAUAAGAACUCACCUGGUUCGGCCUCUGCGGGGUACCCGGCUUGUACUGGUUCUGCCUCGGACCCUUGUUCCGUGGGCUCAUGGUCUAGCGCACGCAGUCCUGCUGUAACUACGCCAGCUACCAGGACGCACACAAGUGAUCUUUCCCCAGCCGAGCUCGCUAUCCUUCCCAACACUUCUUCCGAACGGGACUCUCACCAAGACGACUCCAUCCCGGGAUUGACAGGCUUACCAUGGGACGAUUGGGGUCGCGAAGCCGUCAAGGCCAUGACCGUUAACGGCGACAUCCCCAAAGUGCCUUCUCCGAUGAACAUCCCAGGCUUCGGCAUGUCUCUGCCCGGGGAAAGCCCGAAUGGAGGGUUGGCGGGGCUGAGCAGCUUUUUGAGGGCGGAAGAUGGGUAUGGUGAGUCUUCGCGGUAUACGCAGAGGAUGACGCAGGAGGAGAGGGUCCAGACGGAUGGCCGGCAGAGAGAGCCGUUUGAGCUGGAGGGGUUCGAAGCGCUGCAUUGGAAGUCGAUGCAGGCAGAGUAG